AUGGACUCGCAGCAGAGCAAUCUAUUCGACACCGCUUCUCAGCCCGACACCGGCAACGACGCCUACACCUUCCUCGAAUUCAACACGCAGGGUGAGGAUUUCGACUACCCUGAGUUCCGAGACCCGAUUAGGUCGCCGGUGGCGUGGCCAACUCCGUCCGAUUCGCUUGUGGACCAGUCGGAGCGCUCCGCCGCUGGGGGACCCGGCUCUGAUCACCAGUCCGAUGCCUCGCCUGUCUCCGCGGCUCCCGGCAGCGCUCCCAAGGGCGGCCGGUCUGGUAGCGGCGGUGGAAACAGCAGCCAAAUGGUUGAUGCGCUUGCGGCGGGGAUGAGCGGGUUGAAUUUCGAGGACACUGGGGAUGAUGAUAACUAUGAGUAUGGCAAAGGAGAUUUUACUGAACACGCUUGCCGCUAUUGCGGGGUUUCCAAUCCCGCGUGUGUUGUAAGGUGCAAUGUGCCUUCGUGUCGGAAGUGGUUCUGUAAUUCUCGGGGGAACACUUCGGGAUCGCAUAUCGUCAACCACCUGGUACGGGCUAAACACAAGGAAGUCUGUCUACACAAAGAUAGUCCGUUGGGAGAAACAAUUCUUGAAUGCUACAAUUGUGGAUGUCGUAAUGUUUUUCUCCUUGGAUUUAUAUCUGCAAAGACAGAAAGUGUAGUUGUCCUACUUUGUCGUGAACCUUGCUUGAGUGUUAAUGCCUUGAAGGACAUGAAUUGGGACCUUAGUCAAUGGUGCCCAUUGAUUGAUGAUAGGUGUUUCUUGCAGUGGCUUGUCAAGAUCCCAUCUGAACAGGAGCAGUUAAGAGCUCGCCAAAUAAGUGCACAGCAAAUAAACAAGGUGGAAGAGUUGUGGAAAACAAAUCCUGAUGCUUCUUUUGAGGACCUUGAGAAGCCUGGUGUAGAUGAUGAACCUCAGUCUGUGGCUUUGAAAUAUGAAGAUGCAUAUCAGUAUCAAAAUGUAUUUGCGCCUCUUAUUAAGCUUGAAGCGGAUUAUGAUAAGAUGAUGAAAGAAUCACAAAGCAAGGACAAUGUCACUAUUCGAUGGGAUAUUGGUCUUAAUAAGAAGCGUGUUGCCUAUUUUGUAUUUCCAAAGGAAGAUAAUGAGUUGCGGCUUGUACCUGGUGAUGAGUUACGAUUGCGUUAUUCUGGUGAUGCUGCUCAUCCUGCGUGGCAGUCUGUGGGUCAUGUGAUUAAGCUAACAGCACAAGAAGAAGUUGCACUUGAACUUCGUGCUAGUCAGCAGGGGGUUCCGGUUGAUGUUAACCAUGGUUUCAGUGUUGAUUUUGUCUGGAAAAGUACAAGCUUUGAUAGGAUGCAGGGAGCUAUGAAAACCUUUGCUGUGGAUGAGACAAGUGUCAGUGGGUAUAUUUAUCAUCACUUACUGGGUCAUGAAGUUGAGGUUCAGAUGGUUCGCAAUGCUUUGCCUCGUCGUUUUGGCGCACCUGGGCUCCCAGAGCUGAAUGCAUCUCAAGUGUUUGCUGUCAAGAGUGUUCUUCAGCGGCCAAUUAGUUUGAUUCAAGGACCACCUGGAACUGGUAAGACCGUAACUUCUGCAGCACUUGUAUAUCACAUGGCUAAGCAAGGUCAGGGACAGGUUUUGGUUUGUGCACCUAGUAAUGUAGCUGUGGACCAGCUAGCUGAAAAGAUAAGUGCUACUGGAUUAAAGGUUGUGAGGCUUUGUGCAAAGUCAAGGGAAGCUGUCAGUUCUCCUGUUGAGCAUUUAACUCUCCACUAUCAGGUACGACAUCUUGACACAUCUGACAAGAGUGAACUUCAUAAGUUGCAACAGCUGAAGGAUGAGCAAGGUGAACUUUCCAGCAGUGAUGAGAAAAAAUACAAAGCACUUAAGCGAGCAACAGAGAGGGAGAUUUCUCAGAGUGCUGAUGUGAUAUGCUGUACAUGUGUUGGGGCUGGAGAUCCUCGGCUUGCAAAUUUUAGAUUCCGCCAGGUUGACAUGCAAACCCUUGUGCUUAUUGACGAGUCUACUCAAGCAACUGAACCUGAGUGCCUCAUACCUUUGGUCCUUGGAGCAAAGCAGGUUGUUCUUGUUGGCGAUCAUUGUCAGCUUGGUCCUGUUAUUAUGUGCAAGAAAGCAGCCCGUGCUGGAUUAGCCCAGUCACUUUUUGAACGGCUUGUUCUACUUGGUGUUAAACCAAUUAGGUUGCAGGUUCAGUAUCGAAUGCAUCCAUGCCUUUCAGAAUUUCCCUCAAACAGCUUCUAUGAAGGCACCCUGCAAAAUGGAGUCACUGUUAAUGAAAGGCAAUCUUCAGGAAUUGAUUUUCCCUGGCCAGUGCCAAACCGUCCCAUGUUUUUCUAUGUUCAGAUGGGACAAGAGGAGAUAAGUGCAAGUGGGACAUCUUAUUUAAAUAGGACUGAGGCGGCAAAUGUUGAAAAGAUUGUAACUACUUUCUUAAAAAGUGGUGUUGUUCCAAGUCAGAUUGGCGUGAUAACACCUUAUGAGGGACAAAGAGCUUAUAUUGUGAACUACAUGUCAAGAAAUGGUGCUCUCAGGCAACAGCUGUACAAGGAGAUAGAGGUUGCUAGUGUUGAUUCUUUUCAAGGAAGGGAGAAAGACUACAUCAUUCUUUCUUGUGUCAGAAGUAAUGAACAUCAGGGCAUUGGUUUCCUGAAUGAUCCUAGGAGGCUCAAUGUUGCUCUAACACGAGCAAGAUACGGUAUUGUUAUCCUGGGAAACCCUAAAGUUUUGAGCAAGCAGCCUCUCUGGAAUAGUUUAUUGACUCACUACAAGGAACAUGAGUGUUUAGUUGAAGGGCCUUUAAAUAACUUGAAGCAAAGUAUGGUUCAGUUUCAGAAACCCAAGAAGAUUUACAAUGAACGAAGGCUAUUUUAUGGGGGUGGACCUGGAAUUGCGGCUAAUGAUAAUUUUGGUUCUGUUGGAUCUGGAGCUGGAACAAGUUCAGAUCGAAGGAGCAGCCGAGGAAGGGGAUCUUAUAUACCUCCCGGUCCACCAAAUGGAACUCAUAAGCCUGGAGUGCAUCCUGCUGGUUAUCCUGUGCCAAGGGUUCCCUUGCCUCCCUUUCAUGGUGGUCCCCAAUCUCAACCAUAUGCAAUUCCAUCUCGUGGGGCUGUUCAUGGACCUGUUGGAGCAGUUCCUCAUGUUCCAUCUCCGGGUAGUCGUGGAUUUGGGGCUGGUAGAGGUAAUUCUGGUGCUCCAAUUGGCAAUCAUCUUCCACACCAACAAGGCACCCAACAGCCCAUUGGGAAUAUUGGUUCUACCUUUAACUUCCCAGCUCUAGAGAAUCCUAACAGCCAGCCAUCUGUUGGUGGUCCAUUAUCUCAACCUGGUUUUGCCAACAAUAUACCAGUUCAAGGGUCCGGCCAGUCAUUUCGAGAUCAAUUUUCUAUGCCUGGAAUGUCCCAGGACUUUUUGGGUGAUGACUUUAAAAGCCAGGGAUCUCAUGUUCCUUAUAAUGUUACUGAUUUCUCUACUCAGGGUGUAGGGGUUUAUCCUUUCCAUUCAUUAAAUUCUAUCAGUUACGUGUUCGUGUUCAUUUGUUGUUUUUCUACUGACGCUUUGACCGCCUUAAGGCUUCUCAAAGUGGAUAUGCUGUCGAUUUUGCUACACAAGGGGCACAAGGUGGAUUCCCCGGGAAUUUCCUUAACCAGAAUUCUCAAGCUGGUUAUUCUCGUUUUGGUUCAGGAAACGACUUCAUGUCUCAGGACUACAUGGGCCAUGGAUCACAAGGCCUUUUCACUCAGGUGGGAUUCAGUGAUCCUUUACAAGAUGAUUCAACUCAAAGCCAUUUCGGUGUGGCGAAUGCCAACCCUCUUCAGUCCCAGGUUUUUUGUAGUUCCAACCUUUUUAUUAUUAGAGAUGUAA